AACUGAAGGGACGCAGGCACUAGGUUAAGGUUCACUGUGCGUUAUCGUUCCAUUGUCCAGUCAAGGGUUAAUAAAGAUGCAAGGGUCAGUCAGAAGUAUAUCCUAUUCUUUGCUCCGUGCUGCCCGGUUGUCAGGAUCUGUCAGGAUGUCCACUCACACCAUUGUGCCUCCAUCUCCUGCCCUUCUACAGCCUCUAAAUGUCCCUCAACGCCUAAUGCUGGGCCCUGGCCCUUCUAAUGUUUCUCCACGGGUACAGGCUGCCGGGGCUCUACAGGUGAUUGGUCACAUGCACCCCGAAAUGUUCCAGAUAAUGGAUGACAUUAAACUUGGGAUACAGUAUGCUUUCCAGACAAAGAACACAUUGACCCUGGCUGUGAGUGGCUCCGGACACUGUGCUAUGGAGACUGCCAUUUUUAAUGUGGUGGAGAAAGGCGAUGUAGUUCUUAUAGCUUGCAAAGGCAUUUGGGGGGAGAGAGCUGCCGACAUUGCCCAUAGGAUAGGUGCUGAAGUACGUCUGUUGACAAAGCCACCUGGUGAAGGCUUCAGCUUAAAAGAAAUAGAAAAGGGUUUAGCUGAGCACAAGCCUUCUCUCUUCUUCAUCACUCAUGGAGAAUCGUCCAGUGGAGUGGUACAGCCAUUAGAUGGCAUUGGAGACCUGUGUCACCGAUAUAACUGCCUCCUCCUGGUAGACUCUGUGGCAUCUCUAGGAGGUGCUCCAAUCUACAUGGACAAACAAGGAAUUGACAUCCUAUAUUCUGGUUCUCAGAAAGUAUUAAAUGCUCCUCCAGGAACUGCUCCCAUCUCAUUCAAUGAAGCUGCAAGCAAGAAGAUUUUCAGCCGAAAGACAAAACCACCAUCUCUGUAUGUGGAUCUGACCUGGCUUUCAAACUACUGGGGCUGUGAUGGAAAAGCAAGAAUAUACCAUCAUACAGGACCAGUGAACAACUUCUACUGUCUGAGAGAGGGGCUGGCAAUUCUGGCUGAGCAGGGUCUAGAGCGCUCUUGGGAAAUUCACCGUGAGAAUGCUCUGAGAUUUCACAAAGGAUUAGAAGAGCUAGGACUCAAACUCUUUGUGAAGGAUCCAGCUUUACGGCUCCCCACUGUGACAACAAUCUGCGUGCCCGAGGGAUAUGACUGGAAAGAAAUCACCACGUAUAUAAUGAAGAAUCACAGCAUAGAGAUCACCGGGGGGCUGGGACCCUCUACGGGAAAGGUUCUUCGGGUUGGACUCAUGGGCUACAACUCAACUAAAACAAAUGUAGAUCGUGCUUUGAAUGCUCUGCGUGAUGCUCUGCAGCACUGUCCUAAAAACAAAAUGUAAAAGCUCUAUACUGUACAGCCGACAAUAAUAUUUACUGCAUCACUUGAGCAUCAAGAUUUUUCCCCUUUUUCAUAAUGCAACUAUGUCUAAUGGUGCCUUAUACAUAACAUAUCUGUGAUCGUUCCUAUCAAAUGUACUUUAAUAAACACCUUUACACUUGU